GCUUCCUAUUCUCCGACUAUCUUCCUCGUUCUCUGAGAUCCAUCUUCAGCCUCACUUUCUCCUGAAUCCUGACAUGACCUUAUGAUUACGAUGAAGCAGUGAAGCCUGAGCUUAGUGGAAAUCGAGAAACCUUCCAUUUUCAACCUCCCGCAUCCUCCUCUGGAGCCUCUAUCGCCCAUCAUGGCAUCCCGGUCGAUUAUUUUGAGAUUCGAAAGCCGCAACGGCCAGUUCCGGCUGACAGUCAGUCCUCAGGACUUGUUUCCUACUCUUCAGCAGAAGAUUGUUGAACAUCUACCCCCCAGCACAGAUCCCGCAUCGAUCGCCCUCUCCAACAAGCCCAUAGGUACUGGUGGUGAAGAGAGGCUUCUAAGCACUCUUGGUGGGGUGGUGAUCGAAAGGGUUGGCCUCAAACACGGAGACAAGCUCUAUCUCGGCUAUAACGAGACACAAGGACAACAGAAAAGCUCUGUCAACGGGGUCCCUGCCUCAAUCGAAACGUCCCGCCGCUUGAACGGAGCACCUGUUCCGCAGAACGAUACCGUCACCUUCCGCCCCCCGCAACCGACCUCCCCAACCACUGUGAUCAAGAACCCCUGGGAUGUGGUGCAACAAUCACCGCUCGAUGAUGCGCUGGACAAGAAGGACGGCAAGAUCCAUCGGCCCCGCGAUAUGAAGAUGUGUCGACAUGGUCCCAAGGGCAUGUGUGACUAUUGCAUGCCGCUCGAGCCAUAUGACCCCAAAUACCUGGCUGAGAAGAAGAUCAAACAUCUCUCCUUCCACUCGUACCUCCAAAAACUCAACGCCUCCACCAACAAAGCGGAGCUCAAAAGCUCUUUCAUGCCCCCGCUCAAUGAACCCUACUAUCGCGUCAGACGAGACUGCCCGUCCGGACAUCCUCAAUGGCCGGAGGGCAUUUGCACGAAGUGUCAGCCCAGUGCCAUCAGUUUACAGCCGCAAGAGUUCCGGAUGGUCGAUCAUGUGGAGUUCGCCCACUCAGAGCUUGUCAACUCGUUGCUCAACUUCUGGCGGAAAUCCGGAGCCCAGCGGUUGGGAUUCUUGUACGGAACCUACGAAGAAUAUGCGGAAGUACCCUUGGGCGUCAAAGCAGUGGUGCAGGCAAUCUAUGAGCCUCCGCAAGUUGAUGAAGUUGACGGUGUCACGCUGCACGAGUGGCCCGAUGAGAAGGAGGUCGAUGAGGUGGCGCGGCUUUGUGGCAUGGAGAAGAUUGGAGUGAUAUUUACAGACCUGCUUGAUGCAGGUAACGGAGAUGGAUCAGUAGUGUGCAAGCGGCACAUUGAUUCAUACUAUCUUUCUUCCCUCGAGAUCGCUUUCGCAGCGCGCCUACAAGCUCAACAUCCCAAGGCAACAAAAUGGAGCCGGACGGGCCGGUUUGGAUCCAACUUCGUCACCUGUGUCCUCAGUGGAGAUGAAGAAGGUGCGAUCACUGUCAGCGCGUACCAAGCAUCUGUGGCUGCAGUCGAGAUGGUUCGAGCCGACAUCGUCGAGCCGUCCGCCGAACCAUCUGUGAUGCUGGUCCAGUCUGAGGAUGACGAUGAGCAGAACAAAUCUCGAUAUAUCCCUGAGGUCUUCUACCGCAAGAUCAACGAAUACGGCGUCAGUGCCCAACAGAAUGCCAAACCCAGCUUUCCAGUGGAAUAUCUCCUGGUCACAUUGACCCAUGGUUUCCCCACCGAAUCUUCCCCCCUCUUCACCGACAGCAGCUUCCCCAUCGAGAACCGCGAAGUCAUUGGCGAGAGUCAAGAAUUACGCAACGUCGCGAAGAAGCUUGUUUCGCAUGGUGACCCGGAGAAGGCAAUCCGUGCCGUGUCAGAUUUCCACUUGCUGUGCUUCCUGCACAACCUCUCCACCUUCAGCAAAGACGAAGAAUCUCUCCUCUGCCGCGUCGCAACCUCCCGUAACCCCGCUGAUGGUAUGCAGCUGAUCAACACCCCCGGCUGGGCGACACUGGUCACAAUUCUGCAGGAAAGUGGUGAGCGGCCCCCCAAGCGCCCCUGGCUGAGCACGGCCACACUACCUCCAUCUUCAUCAUCACCAUCACUAUCACCUGGAUCUGAGCUCCCUCUCCCCAUGAGAAAAGCCGGUCGACGCCCCUUUCCCUCUGCCUCUGCCUCCUCCCGAUCCGCCUCCCCCAAAUCAGAAAGUGAACAGCUUGCUAAGAGGUUUAAGGGAGCUAGCCUAGAAUGAGUGAUUGAUUCUGGUUCUUCCACGUCGAAUGGAGAAACACCUUCCAACCCGCGGAAACCCGUCUCAGCAUUUUUCCCGCUCCACCUGCUUGCCUCUCUCCGCUGCUCCCUCACCGAUGUUAC